GAAAAUGUAUUAAAAUAAGGAAAAACAAGCCGUCAAGGCCUGAGUGCCCGGGCGUUGUGAGCAGGGAGGAAGGACACAUGCUUUGGGCCUGGCCCCGGCGCUGGUUGCUCACAGGCGCGGGCUGCACCCAGAGCUGAAGCCUGCUCCCGAGGGCGCCAGGAGGGAGUGGGCGAGCGAGCUGGGGGUUUGCAGCAGCUCCCCAGGCGCGGGCGCGGGAGCGGGCGGGGGCCCGGCUGGCGCGCGGGGAGGUGCAGGCUCCGGGCUGGGGCGGCGCCUUCGCCUCCGGCUGCCGUAGGACCGCGGGGCCGCCGCUUGGUCGGCGACAUCUUGGUGGAGGACGCGCGGCGGGGAAAAGGCCGCUCGCGCCGUAGCCGCGGCGCCGCGAUCUCCGCGGACCUCCGGACGCACGGGAGCGUCCGCCCGCCGGUCCGGGCGGGGCUCCGGGUUUGAACGGCGCGGCGGGCCGCGCCUGGGAGUCGGGGCCCGUAGGCGGCGGCGGCGGCGGCGGCACCAUGUCCCCGGGCAGCGGGGUGCAGAGCGAGUACAUGAAGCGCUACCGGGAGCCGCGCUGGGACGAAUACGCGCCGUGCUACCGGGAGCUGCUGCGCUACCGCCUGGGCCGCCGGCUGCUGGAGCAGGCGCACGCGCCCUGGCUGUGGGACGCCUGGGGCCCGGACGGCGCCUCGGACGCCGAGCCCUCGCCCAGCCCGGCGCCCAGGGCCGCGUCCGCGGCGGACGGGCGGCCGGCGGGGGAGCGCGGCGCGGAGCUGCGGGACGCCGAGGAACCGAGCGCGGCGCGGCCAGCAUCGCCAGUAAAAGGCAUAGAUGAGAAACCCGAACAGCAAGCUGGGACAAAAGAGGCUGACAGGGCGGCCAGCAGCCCAGAACCCCGACAGCAUCCUGGUGUCUUAUUUGCCAAAGGAAGUAAGAAAGCCCCCGGAAGCCCCCAAAAGUCAACCAGCAAAAUAAAAGAGAAGAAGCACCCGUUUGCCCUUUAUGGCUGGGGAGAGAAACGGACGGACACGGGGAACCAGAAGACACACAACGUCUGCGCCUCAGCCUCUGUCCAUGAGAUUCACGAGUCAGCCCUUCGAGCCAAGAACAGAAGACAGGUGGAGAAAAGGAGGCUGGCGGCCCAGAGGCAGCGGGCACACUCCGCGGACGAGGAAAAGAGCCAGAGCGCAAAGCCGCCUCCCGCAGAGAAUCCCUGGCUCACGGAGUACAUGCGCUGCUACUCGGCCAGGGCGUAGCUGCCGGACCUCCUCUCCAUGCGUUCAUGCGGUCAAGCGAGGCCGCUCAUGGCUGGAAGAAACUGUCCUGCAGGGCCCCUCGGAGAGGCGGCUCUGCUUUCCUGAUGGUUGGUCGCCCGCCUUAAGUGGGACCGACCAUGGAAGCCAUAUGUGUUGGCUUGCUUAUGAAGACAAGUCCCCAAGGCCUGACAUUCUCGCAAGAGUUUUAUUUUAACGAUUUUAGUCUAAGGAGACCCCCACACCAAAUGCCUUUAACUGGCUCUAGGCGUUUCCCGUCCCUGCCCUCCUGCUGUCCUUUCUGACCCCACUCCACAGCUGGCAGGGCAUGCCCAUCCGUGCAGUCUGCCCUGCAGGGAGCGCCCAGGAAAGCGAGGGCAUCGGCAUGGGAUCGGAGCUGCUCCGGCCACACCAGCAGCUGCGGAGGCUACACGGGUGCAUUUCACUGCAUCUUCAUGUAGACUGUGAGACUGAAGAAGUUUCUGGCCAGAGCAAGGGUCACCCUUUCUCCUUAAAUCACCACCUAGGCAUUUGAUCCAUAUGUAGUUGACCCGUUCUGGCACACCGGUGAGUGGCGGGCAUGUUUCGGGCAAUGACGACAUGCCCUAGAGCCAGGGCCGCCGUCCCUUUUACCCGGGUAGGCACGGUUGGCCGCUAAGACUGACUCCCUCUCCUGAGAGAGCGGACGAUGCUGAUAAGAACUUGUCAUCUGAAACGACAGCUAAUGAACUGAGUUUGCUCGGCCUGUGCGGAUGGGACCUGCCGUCACCAUCGGGGCGCCGGCACCUCCAUUCUGCUCUUCCUUCUAGGGAGCACAGUAAAGGUUUCAUGAUGCACCGUGCUGAUAGCUGGGGUUGGAAAUGUCCGGUCUAAUGAUCUUUGCUGCCAAACUGGGAGAACAGGGCUGGCCUGGCUCUAGGGAACCACUGUCAGGGUUAAAAAAGAAAAGGUUUGAAAAACAGGUUUCCAUGAGAUGGGUGCCUUCCCCACCUGCAGAAGAGGCUCCGAGAAGGAAGAACCCCUCCCUCCAUCCUUCCUGACGGACGGGCAUCUUUUGCCCACCCCACUCAGCAUCUGAGUUUGUUGGGUAAAACCCAGUGCCGUGCGUGCAGAUGAGCAUUUCCAUAUUUUUACUCUGGGUUUCUGAGUAUGAUAGUUUCUAGAAUGCAGACUGAUCCCGUUCCAUGUGAAAUUGUCCUUACAGGGUCAUCUGAAAAUCGCAUUAAGCUUUCAAAAGGCAUACUGAGGAAUCAGGAGUGUUUUUUAAAAAAAACUUUAAAAAUAUUUGCCUAGUUUUGUACAGCUCCCGUGUACAGAGCCCUCUACUGAGGUGUGUAUUUAACUAAAGAGUAAGGUCUACGAGCUAUCCAAGUGCAGCUGAGCUAGCGAUAACAUGUUAACCAUAUAGUCCCCAAUCGUCACAGAGUCAGGCGACGGGGACAGUGGCCCAGGGUGAGCCUUGAAGGCCUGCAUUCCCCACCCAGGCCGACAUCAUAAGACUGCACCUUCCAACCCCAGAAAGACAGGUGUGUGUGACGAGGGCACACCCUGGCCUUCAGACUGGCCUAGAAGACAGACAGGCUUCCUUUUUCAUCCUCGCAGAAGUGCGGGCUGAGGCAGUGAAGGGCUGCGCUGGGCGUGUUGUGGCAUUCUUUUUUACACAGAGCACAAAUGACCAGGACUUUGGAGAACAUUCAGUGUCCAUACAUGACACACGACAGUAUGGCUGGGUUGUGACCCCCUCGUCCCCCGAGUCCCUAAUGUUUAGGGUUCAAUUUUUCUCCUUUUAAAAAGAUGGUGAAUACUUUUUGAAUCUAUUAAAUUUUUAACACAUUGAUCUUAACUUUUUCCUAUCCUAGGAGCUAAUAUGGGGCAAGCUGUAAGGCAGGGAGAUAAUUUAGAAUUAACUUCCAUGCUGGAAACCUCCGAAAAUGCUUGAGAAUCCAGUCAUAUUUAAAAUAAACAAUACACAAGUCUUUUUAAAGAUUUGAUUGUAAGGUCUUAAUUAAAACACUUUUCCAUAA